AUGGACGAGAAGGAAAUCUUCAGUGUCAAGGAAGAGGAAAAGUCUCUCCUUCACCCUUGCAACUUUGCCCAAGAAAAGGGAAACCGCAUAGCGCGAGAUAGAUCAGCGGAUGCUGCUCGAACCCCCGACAAUAGAAUCAAGGAAUAUGAGAAUGAAGCUGGUUUGGAGCAAUCAUACAGCAAUGUAGUCAAACUAUCAAAAUUGCUGUACCAUGAGACAUCCAAACUUAGGCAUAUCUCUGGGGGGAAUCAACACGUUAUAAGAUCAAUGCAGGAGAAGAUUGCCCAAUUGAGGAAGCAUAACCAAAUUUUGGAGGAACAAUUACAAGACUGUCAGGCACGAAUACUCAGAUCAUCUCCUGUGGCUGUCUUGAGUGAUGCUACUGUCUUGGCAGAUUUCAGUAGGAUUCGUGAGACCCUUUCUAACUGGGUUGAGGAGUUGCCUGAAAUUUGUGAAGACUUUGCCGAUCACUUGUCUGCACAUUCAACGAGCUUUCUCUUGAUUCUCAUGUUCUUAGUCCCGGGAAUAUCUCCAUCAGAUAACGAUCUCUUGGAUGGCCUUCGUGAGGGGCUGUUGUCGCUACAGUCCAAGAACAACUUCGAGAAUGUGAGUGGUGGGGGUUCGAACAUUAUAGAGGCAUAUGUUGCAUCCCAAAGAUAUCAGAAGGGUGUCGACAACAAAUGCUUCGAGAUAAUCGCUGAUUUGGACGUUUUUUUUUUUUUUUUUUUUUUU